AUGAUUCACAGACACGAUCAGAGGCUCCUUGGGGAGAAGAAGUUAAAUCGUUCCGAGAGCCUCAAGGAACUCAUGGAUGUCGAUAAGAAUCGGAUGGAGAUGAUCACCCACAAGCUCGCAUCAUCGAGGAGACGUGCAACUCAAUUAGUUAAUGGACCUAAGCGCGGUCAUCAUGGACCAAAUCGUGGUCAUCAUCGUAGACCAAAUCGUGGUCGUGGUAGACCCGAGGUUGGUCAUGGGAGUGGUGGUGUUUUGGGUGGGGACAACUCUUCCUUCUCGCUUCCAAUUAGAUCCGGUGCCUAUGCCCACCAAGGUCAAUACUUUGUCACUCUCAAAGUCGGGACGCCGGCUCAGUUGUUCCUUCUUGUGAUAGAUACAGGGAGCGGCCUCACCUGGAUUAAAUGCAGCCUCAAAAACAAGUGUAAUAAGAAUAAUAAUAAUAAUAAUAAUAUUAAUAUUAAUGGAUACCAUAAGCAGCAGCAGCAACAACAACAACAGGGAAAGCAGGGAAAGCAGAGACAGCAGCAGCAGCAUGGACAACAACAGGGACGGGGAAAGCAGAGACGGCAGCGGAAGCGGCAGCGGCAGCCGCAGCGAGAUUCUUGCAGCAAUGCCGUUGGCUUUGGCAGUCUAGCUGAAAAGAUGAUGGGGAAGGUACCAAAGAGAAUGUUCUUUCCCGAACGUUCCAGAACCUUCAGAACCGUACCCUGUUCCAGCAAGUUGUGUCGAGUAGAUUUCGCGGGUCUGAUGUCUAUGGGAACGAAACAGUGUCCGACACCCAAGUCUCCAUGCGCCUACUCUUACUCAUACGCUGAUACUUCAUAUUCCAAUGGCAUCUACGCCUACGAAUCGGUGACAGUGAUCCUAGCCAACGGUACGAAGAUGAAGUUACAUGACAUGUUGAUAGGUUGCACCAACGAAUUUAAAGGGUCUGAUCCUUUAUUCCUGAGCGACGGAGACGGCGUCUUCGGUCUGGGUGGUAACACCCAUGCCUUCGGCCCAAGUGUAGUCCAAGAUUUCGAUGGCAAGUUCUCCUACUGUCUCAUGGACCGGUUCAGUGAUAAGCGUGAAACCAACUACCUCACAUUCGGAAACCGGCCACGGGAAGAGAUUCCUCCCAACAUGCAAUACACGAAGCUUGGGUUUCUGGGUGAACUUUACGCAGUCCCAGCGGAAGGAAUCUACGUAGAUGGGGUGAAGUUGAAGAUCCCAGCCGAGCUUUUGAACUUCGAAAAGGAUCAAGCCAUAAUCUUGGACUCCGGGUCUACCUUGACCUUUUGGGUUAAAGAAAUAUACGAUCCCCUCAUGGAAGCCUUUGAGAAACCAUUACUUAAAAGUUUCCCAAAGGUGGAGCAUGAUACGUUCGCUUCCUGCUUCAAGGUCAACAACAACACCUAUUAUGAAAACAUCGACGAGUCGUUAGUGCCCAAGUUUGAGAUCCAGUUCCAGUCUGGGGCUCGAUUCAGCCCACCACCCAAGAGCUAUUUUAUGUACGUUGACGCGAAUGUGAAUUGUAUUGGGUUUCAAAUGGCGCUUGAAGGCAAUUAUCACUCCGUCCUUGGGAACAUAAUGCAGCAGAAUCACAUCUGGGAGUUUGACCCCAAUAAAGAACUACUAGGAUUUGCACCAUCCACUUGUGUCCUUCGCCACCACCAUAGGUUUUUAUAA